AUGCCUCCUGGUUCUCCAAAAAGUCCACACGAUACUGUCCUCUCAUUGUCCUCGUCGGUUGCGGGUGUGAUAAUGGUUCCUGUGCUUUCGUCAUAUUUAUGGGAGGCAGCUGCUGAAAGACCUACAAUGAUGAUGUUCACAAUAAUCGCCAACACAUUCCUCGUGGCGCUGUCAUUCACUCCAUUGUUACUCCACUUCUUAGUGAAACGUUUUCCUGUUAACAUCUACUACAACCACGAUACCAAAACUUUCACCUCUGUGCACUAUAACUUUUUCCUGAAAAAAAUGGCGCGGCAGUUCAAAGCAAGUGAAGUUGUGGACGCACAGGUCGCACCGGAGAUGGCCAAGGUUUGGAUUCCGUUGGCCACAGCAUUCGUCCACAACAAACCACUGCUAAUCUCUCUCGACCGGAACGCUUAUAUCGACAAACUUGCCUUCGACGAAAUGACGAAAAACAUCAAAAUCCCAGUGAAUCAUGACUGA